AUGGCUUCCUACUUGACUGGCAGUGAGGCCUUUACUCGCGAGAACCAGACCUCGGCUCAUACAAAUGCGGCCCAGCAAACACCUUGGGCCGACAAGUACCGUGGGGCCACCGUCGAAGAUCUCGAUCCUCCUCCUGCGCUGUCCGUCUCCCCUAAUGACCCCAUUUCCGCCGCCCUGAUGGCCGCAUACGAACGCGACUACACCCACCUCACCGUCAUCUCCGCCACAAAGCGAUCCCUCCUCGGCUACCUGAGCAUCCCCAGACUCAAGGAGCUGAUCCAGAAUGGCACAGUCAAGGAGGCCGAUCCGGUCUCCGCAGCCAUGCAACGCUUCAACCGUAAGCGCGGCAUCUACCAGGUCAUCACCAUGGAGACACCGUUGGAGGAACUGGAGCAAUUCUUCGAGAGUCAGACCGGCGCCAAUGGCGACCACCGCGAGAAGCAGCAGUUCGCCGUCGUGACAGAUGCUGGCCGCAAGUUUGUUCUCGGUGUUGCUACCAAGGCGGAUCUGGAGGAGUUCGUCAAGCGACGACCCUGA